CGCCGGACACCCCGGGCGGGGCCAAGGGUUCCGCCCCCCCGCCCCACUCGUGUUUGAAUGGAGGGCGUGGGACCGCCCCGUGACGCGACACGGUGCCAUUGGCCCGGCCGGGACGGUGAUGUCACCGCCGUGGGGGGGGCGCUCCGUUCCGGCGCGGCGCGGCCAUGGACCGGCGGCGGGGCCCGGGCGAGCAGGAGUGACCCACCCGUGACGCCGCUGGGACCCCGGGCUGAGGAACCCCAGCUGCGAGCAGCAGGACCCAGCGUGGCACAGCCCCCCCCGAUCGCCACCAUGCCCAUCCUCAAGCAGCUCGUGUCCAACUCGGCGCACUCCAAGCGCCGCUCUCGGGCCGACCUGACGGCCGAGAUGAUCAGCGCUCCCCUGGGGGAUUUCCGCCACACCAUGCACGUGGGGCGCGCCGGGGACGCCUUUGGGGACACCUCCUUCCUCACCAGCAAGGCCGGGGAGCCGGUGCCGGAGGUGGGAGAGGAGCCGGGAGCCUCCAAGCCCAGCCUGCUGUCGCGCCGCUUCCGCAGCAGCAAGCGCUCGCAGUCGGUGACGCGCGGGGACCGGCGCGACAUGCUGGGCUCGCUGCGGGACUCGGCGCUCUUCGUCAAGAACGCCGUGUCCCUGCCCCAGCUCAACGAGAAGGACGUGGACAGGAGCGCGGGGCAGCUGCCCAAGAGCCUCUCGUCCAGCCCCGUGAAGAAGCUGCCCGAGGAGAUGAGCCCCGAAGAGCAGCAGCGCCCGAACGGGGCGGCCGCGGGGCCGCUGAGCCCCGGCUUGGACGAGCGCGACUUCGGGGACAUCACGGAGCUGCCCGUGGUGGUGGCCAAGGGCGGGGCGGGCUUGAAGCACGCCGAGUCCAUCAUGUCCUUCCACAUCGACCUGGGGCCCUCCAUGCUCGGGGACGUGCUGAGCAUCAUGGAUAAGGAGCAGUGGGAGCAGGACGAAGAUGCCGAGGCGGAGGAGAGCCGCGAGGAGGAGGAGGAGGAGGAGGAGGAGGAGGAGGAGGGCGAGCCUGCCCCGCCUGGCUCCCCGCUGGUGGCCGUGGUGGCCCAGCCGAGCCAGAGCCCGGCCCGUGGCGGUGCUGGCCGCAGCCCCAGGGACAGCAGUCCGGUGUCCAGCUGCACCUCAGGGCCUGAGGAGCGCAGCCCUGUCCCCAGGCCACCGAGCCAGCGGGGAGGGGCCCCGAAACGCCCCGACAAGGAGUUCUCGUUCGCUGAUGAGGAUGAUGAUGAGAUCCGGGUAUAAGGGAGGCUGAGGGCCUGGUUCUCACCGUGGUUGCUUGGACACAGGGCUGAACACCCCAACUGGUGGCACUGGGGAAGACUGGACCCCUCUCCCGCCUCGUUCCCUCUGUGUGCUGCAGCAGGACAGCGCUCUGCUCCCGGGGCUGCUCCUGGUCUUUGGCAGCCCCCAGAGAGCUCCAGCACUUCCUGGGAGGGGGAAGCAGACUCGAUUUCGGUUCUUUCUGCUGGACUUUGGAUAUUAGCUCCUUUCUCCUGCCCCCCUGCCCGAGUAAAGCGAUUUAGGAUCCAACAAGACGAGCCUUUGGAGUUUUAGCCCCUUUAGUAAUAUAUAUAUAUUUUCCACCGUACAGUUUUUACUGUUUUCUGAUUUGUACUUACCUUUCUCUACUCUCUUUUGGUUUUAACUGAGGGAAGAUUUCCCAUGAGGAAGAGCUUGGCUCUGGAGCUCAGAGGUGGCCUGGGACUAUGGGCAGCUCCAGCUUCCUGGGUUUCUUGGGGACUUUCUGCAGACCAAGAGCCUCUCUGUGCCCUGGCAGGUGCUCGCUCCCCAUCCCUUGGAUGGAUGGAUGCUUCCAUCCCAGAUCCUCGACCCUCCCACCAGCCUGAGGGUCACAGGGGUGCUGAUGGAAGUGGGGUCUGUCCCCUGUGGAGGAGCAGGAAGCCCCCAGAGCCAGGGAAUUCUGGUGGGGCUGGGCAGUGCUGGGAGCAGGCAGCUGGAACAGGAGGUUUUAUACCAUGUAUGUACAAAUGCAAGGAAUAAAAGGAAAUGCUAGUGA